AUGAAAGCAGUACUCGCAUUUCUCGUUCUGUUCGUUUGCUUCAAUGUUGGUAAGCUCCUCCUUCAGUACUCAUUUACUGUGAAUUUCCCGUUGUUGCUUGUGUAUUUCGUCAAUCGAACAUCGUGUAUACUUGGUGCAAAAUCAGUAUACCUUUUAACAAUGCAAACUUACUCAUUUAUUUCGGGCGAAGCAAAUCUUGUUUGAUGAGAUCUGUGAUUGGCCAUUCAGAACAGCUUUUUUUCUCACAGAGCUUCGCAGUUUUUCCUUUAGUAAAGUUGCAGUUUCUUUUAAAGUUUAUUUUAUCUAAGGGAUCUUUGCAGCCUGAUUGUCGCCAUAGGUAUUUACGCGCAAUGUGGGAUAACCGUCGACACGUAAUUUAUCCGAGUAAAAUAAAACGGAUUGGAAACUCAACUCAAUCUUAGAAGUAAAGGCCAGAAGUACGAAAUUACUGCCAAAACAUCGAUUGCUUCAAUCUGCUGAAUAAACGGCUUUUACAUUUUUCAAAUUCGCCUUCGACCGCUUCCUCGUGUUUGCAACGUGCCAGCGCCGAGAUACAGUAUGAAACCGAUACAUUACAGUUCUUUCAUUUUUUUCGGUUUUAUUUGGCCGUAGUUAAAUAGAAAAGAAAUUGGAAUCAUUUGCGCAUUUACUGCAUACCCAUCUGUAUUUUCCUGCUUUUAGCCGCAGCUGGUAUUUUGGAAUGUAUAAAGGUUUAGUUUAUUACGGGAAUGUUUCAAUAAAACGUCUCUCGUCGCACUUUCAACAUUUGCCAUUUUAUUUUGUUACGCUGCAAAGCGCUAAGUACUACAUUGCAAACGACAGAGUUGUGAGAAGCAAUAGAGUGGAAACUGACUGUUUAUUAGUGCUAAAAAAGUUCUACGAUGUUAUGAAAACAGUUUAUAUAUAUAUUUUUAAGGAUAUGGUUUGAAGUGCUAUACCUGCGUCAGUACCAAGAGCUGGGGUGACUGCGACGACGUCAAGAAAGAACUCACUUGCCCUCCGACUGCCAAUCGCUGCGCCAAAAUAUAUGAAGAUGUCAAAAAAGGAGGAGUGUCGGCUGAAGGGUAUGCGAAAGGUUGCUUACCCGAGAAAACGUGCUCAGACGUCCAAUUGAUCGAUGAAUGCAAAGAUGGCGGAAAAUGUGAAGUCAAUUGCUGCUCUAGUGAUCUGUGUAAUGCUGCCCCUCUCAAAAUAAUGAGCACCUUUAUUUUGCUCACAUGUGCUCUUGUUGCGUUGAUUCAAUGAAGCAGGACUCGAACUUUAUUUCGUUGAGUUACUUUGUUAUUUAGCGGAAAGCGUUUACGUAAGUAGAGUUUCGUUUAAACUAGUUUCCAGGUUUGUCAGUUGCUUUUAACUAUGAAACGAUGGCGGUAGAAAUGAAAUGUUUAAUUUGCUAAGAAUUUUGACCGAAACCGAUAACAAAUGCUGUAUUUUGAUUUUAGCUUAGCAUUAUUUUGUAAAAACAACUCAAUGUUUAUUUUC